AUGGCACGUGCCCGGCAGCAGCACGAAGAUGCCGUGAGAGCUUUUGAGCAGAAGCGCACCCAGCGCGAGCUGGCUGUGCCCACCGGCGAUGCACAAGUCAAGGCGAAGCUCCGGGAGUUUGGUGAGCCAGCUUGCAUCUUCGGUGAGGGCCCCUACGAGCGGCGAGACCGUCUGCGAACCAUUAUGGCCGGCCGUACGGCUCCAACCUUGGAUGCAAAGAGGCAAGAGUCCACCGGAGAUGAGGACCUUUUCUACACUGAAGGGGUUGAGGAGCUUCUGGAGGCACGUGUGAAGAUCGCCGAGUGGUCCUUGGCGCGAGCAGACCAGAGACUGGUCCGUGAACGGCGCCAGCGGAUGGAUGAAGAUCCUGUAGAGUAUGAGGAACGAGUGGAUCGAUUCUCGAUGUUUUUGCAGAAGUCCAUGGUAGCGGAAGUGUCUCAGGUGGGAGAUGAGCGCCCGUUGACGCAAGGCAAGUUCUCUCCCGAUGCAUCGCUUUUUUGCACGUCUUCAUGGUCUGGCUUCAUCAAGCUAUGGAAGACCCCGUCUUGUGAUCCUGUCUUGACCAUCCGCGUCGGUGAAGACAGGUGCAACAGUGUGGCAUGGCACCCCAGUUGCAAAGGCACGCCUCCGUUCGAGGGCAACACCGUCCGCCUGGCCUCGGCCUCUGCAGACUCCAGGAUCAGCCUGUGGUCUCUGUCAGACAGUCAGCCCGUGAAUGUGCUGGAGGGUCACGAGGAUCGGGUCAACAGAGUGGUGUUCCACCCCAUGGGCGAGCAUGUCGUUUCGACAUCUCAUGACAUGAGCUGGCGACUCUGGGACGUGGAAACCACCACAGAGCUCCUGCUACAGGAAGGUCACUCACGGCCAGUGUAUGGUUGCUCCGUGCACCCGGACGGUUCUCUAGUGGCAACCAGCGACCUGGGCGGCGUCGUCCGGGUCUGGGAUCUUCGAAGUGGCAAAACUGUCAUGCCUUUGGCAGCACACGGCAAGCAGGUGCUUGCUGUUGACUUUCACCCUCGCGGCACAGUCCUCGCGACGGCGAGUGACGAUCACAGCAUGCGUGUCUGGGAUUUGCGGAAGAGGAGGUGCACUCACAACCUCUUGCUGCAUAACAAGCUCAUCUCAGAGGUGAGCUUUGAGAAGGGCGAGGGGCGGCUGGUCCUGACAUCAAGCUAUGAUGGCACGGUCAAGAUCUGUUCAACCACGGACUGGAAGGUGGUCAAGGUUCUUAUCGGCCACGAGGGCCGUGUCAUGGGAGCUGACCACAUCCCCGCUGCCGUGGGCGGCCACCACUACAUUGGCUCCGUGGCCUUCGACCGGACCCUGAAGUUUUGGUCCACGCAGGGCAAAGCUGAACCUCCCGUGGAUGCCACAGCCUUCAUGACGUGA